GAGAGAGAGAGAGAGAUUGAACAAAAAAAUAUAAAGGGAGAGCGAAGAGGAAAUUGAAAUGAAAGCAUUUUGGUAAAGCAAGAGAUAAAAGAAGGAAAGAAAAAUCCAAAAUCCAAUUUCUUUCCUGUAAAAGACUGCAAAUUUCCCAAAAGCUUAUUAGGGUUUCGAAGUUUCCACCUAUCCAAACAAGAAAAGCAUGGCGGGGAAUUUUCCGGGAAAGUGAGUUGUUGUGGGUUAUCUUUUUAGUUGCGAUUCUGUUUCAUUUUUAGACCGAGGGAAAGUUUCUGCUGCACCAGAAAGUCUUAGAGAGAGAGAGAGAGAGAGAGAGAGAGAGAGAGAGAGAGAGAGAAAUAUGAUAGUAGCGUCGUCGUCAUCAUCGUCGUCCUCAGCUACUGUGGCUGUCGACAAGGCGACGAGCGAUCUUCUGAUAAGCCCUGAUUGGACUAUGAACAUAGAUAUCUGUGAUUCCGUCAAUUCUCAUCAUUGGCAGGCAAAAGAUGUCGUAAAAGCUGUAAAGAGACGUUUGCAGCAUAAGAGCUCCAAAGUUCAAUUUCUAGCCUUGACGCUUUUGGAGACAAUGGUGAAGAACUGUGGUGAUUAUGUCCAUGUUCAAAUCGCAGAGAGAAAUAUACUAGGCGAGAUGGUCAAAAUUGUCAGAAAGAAGCGUUCUGGAGUAGAAUUUCCCAAGCAUUCAUUAGAAGCACCUGCAAUUUUUACACCGCCUGUUACACAGACAACAUUGAGACAUGCUCAAGCAGGAUAUGGAAUGCCUAGCAAUUCCUCAAGAAGGCUUGAUGAAACGAUGGCUACAGAAAUGGAGAAUUUAAGUUUGUCAAGCCUGGAUUCUAUGAGGAAUGUUAUGGAGCUUUUAAGUGACAUGCUGCAAGCUGUGAACCCUAGUGACCGUAUGGCCAUAAAAGAUGAGGUGAUAGUCGAUCUUGUCAACCGAUGUCGUGCCAACCAGAAAAAACUGAUGCAGAUGCUAACUACAACUGGAGAUGAAGAACUUCUUGCUCGAGGUCUCGAUUUAAAUGAUGGUCUGCAAAGUUUGCUUGCAAAACAUGAUGCCAUUGUUUCUGGUUUGCCUGUGCCAACUCAAGCUACAAAUGUCAGUCCCCAGCCAACUGAAAAGUCUCUGUCCAGUUCCAAGCAUACUGAAGUAAAAGACUCCAGCGCAAGUGACUCUAGUCCAAAACCUAAUACUAAUCUGUCUGCAACAGUUGGUACCAUGACCAAGGUCCAGAUUUAUGAAGAUGAAGAAGAGGAAGAUGAAUUUGCACAGCUAGCUCGAAGGCAUAUUAAACCACGCGCAAUACCUCCUCAAAACACAUCUAGUGGCAGUGAUGAUGGUUUAGCGCUGGUGAGCACCAGCAGCACAAUAAAUCCAUCUUCCACAACAGCUACAUCUGUCCCAAGCAACGCAUUAGCUCUGCCUGAUCCACCAGCACAAGUUAAGACUACAAAAGAGCAGGAUAUGAUCGACCUAUUAAGUAUCACUUUAUCAACAACAGCUGCCUCCCCUGACACCACCCCUCAUGCCCCAGCAUCUAACCCUCAGGCUGCUCCAUCCAACGGCAACAUGCAUCAGGUACCUGUUUCCCCCAGUGUACAAGGGAAUCCCUAUCCUUCACAACCUUAUCCUGGAAAUCUUGGGAUGGCAUCCCAAAACAGCUAUGUUGUUCCGUGGGCACAACCUCAACCCCAACUCCAACAACAGUUCCGGCCACAAUUACAACCUCAAACACAGCCUCAAUUCCAGUCACAAUUUCAACCUCAAACACAGCCUCAAUUCCAUUCACAAUUUCAACCUCAAUACUCAUCUGGCUACCCCCCUCCACCAUGGGCAGCUACACCUGGUUAUUCUAACAACCAGAACCAUUUGUCCGCCAAUAAUAUGUUUUCAACUCCUCGGGCCAAUGCAACCACAUCUUAUAUGCCGGCACAAGGAGCUAGACCUCUGCAGCAUUUUAAUUCGUUUCCUGCGAGGGGAAUCAAUGGGUCAGAUAACAAUGGAGGUUUCCCAGUGAUCCCUGGUCCUAGGAGUCCUGCCCCUGCAGCAGGACAAAAGCCCUUUGUUCCCUCAUACCGAUUAUUUGAAGAUCUGAACGUGUUUGGCAAUGCAGAUGGAAAGUUUAAGAUUACAAACAGCAACACGUCGUCUAGCUUGUCUGGGACUGCCGGCCAAGGUAUGGUGGGUGGGAGGAAGUGAAGUACUGGCCUACGAGUUUCAAACCGGGAUAUAAUAGCUAUAUAUGUGUAUAUCUUUGUAUAUCAGUAUCUGCAUCUUCUUCCAGUUUGGGAUGUACUCGAAGUUGGUUUAUACGCUCGUAGCUUAUCAGUUGUCAUUAAUCACCAAUUAUGUGUGUAGGGCUUCAGAAGAAUCAUUGCCUCUUAAAGACUUUGUAGCAUUUUGCUUCAUAAUCUGUGGAUUUUCAUUAUUGCGAAGUGAACUCUGAAGCCUUAAUUAAUCCCGCAGAAUGUUUACGAGUUCUGAUCAAUCUGAAUCUGAUGAGAAAAUCAGUCCAUGGUUGGAAACUUUUCUGAGGGCAAUGUCGUUCAGAAUCAAGUCGUGGUGGCUGAACCAUCGACACACACCAUGGCUGUGCGAGAGUUGAGCUAUAUUUGGAGCAUUUCGAUUGUCACUUCAUUUUUUUACUUUUAUUACUUUAAACACCAUGGCAUUGAAUGCCACGAUUCAAAGCUUUA